UUCACACCUGCAAAUGCAUCCCCUCAACUGGUCAGAAGAAUGAGAAGAUCAGUACGCAACGCAGCCCCCCGCCAAAAUCCAACGCAUAACUUCCACGCGAUGAUUAAAAGCAAGGCCCUAUAGAUUUCGCUCUCUCUCCAUUGUUUUUAGCGUUGCUUUCAUCUUUGGGAUAUCCUUCACGGUUUCAGCACCGGCAAUGGAUUCUUCCGUGAAGUCGUUCCUGAUUCAUUUCAGAGGUUCGGCGAACUCGUUCUUAUCGGGGUACGAGCCUCUGGCUCUGCUUCUCGCUCCUCUCCUCGCUCUCCUCGUCGCUCGGACGCUUCAGUUGUUUCUCAGUGUCGUUCACGAACGGGGACUCAAAGCAACCUUCCUAGGGUUCUUUAUGAGCCUCAUCAAGUUGGUUCCUGGUGUCCAGAAUUACAUCGAUGCCGAGAAACAGAAGGUUGUGGAUAAGUUGCAUUCUGGUGGUAAAUCUAAGCGAGAAGGUUGGAGGACUGAGUUGCCGAGGGCGGGGUUAGGAGUUGGAGUCAUAGAGAAACUGGAGAAUGAGAAAAGAAACGACGCCGUUUGGCAAGGCAAAUGCUCUGGUACAGUCUACAUUGGAGGAACUGAAUCUGAAGGGCAUUUUUCUCUGAUUAAUGAGGCAUGUUCAAUGUUUGCACACACCAACCCAUUGCAUAUGGAUGUAUUUCAGAGCGUAGGGCAGUUUGAAGCAGAGGUGGUUGCGAUGACAGCUGCACUACUCGGCAGUAAAGAAAAGGGUUCAGGAGGACAAAUAUGUGGAAAUAUGACAUCAGGUGGAACUGAAAGCAUAUUAUUAGCUGUGAAAUCAUCACGCGACUACAUGAAAACCAAGAACGGAAUUACAAAACCUGAAAUGAUAAUACCUGAAUCUGCACACUCAGCAUAUGACAAGGCUGCACAAUAUUUUAAUAUCAAGCUGUGGCGUGUCCCUGUAAAUAAAGAAUUUCAAGCAGAUGUCAAAGCGAUUAGACGACGUAUUAACAGAAACACCAUUUUGAUUGUUGGAUCUGCACCUGGGUAUCCUCAUGGCGUCAUUGACCCUAUUGAGGAGCUUGGUGAACUAGCUACUAGCCUCCGAAUUUGUCUUCAUGUAGACCUUUGUCUUGGUGGCUUUGUAUUACCUUUCGCUCGUAAACUUGGGUAUGCAAUUCCACCUUAUGAUUUUUCUGUUAAAGGAGUGACCUCAAUAUCGGUGGAUGUGCACAAAUAUGGCUUGGCUCCCAAAGGAACAAGUGUAGUUCUGUACAGAAAUCAUGACAUAAGAAAGCAUCAAUUUGUUGCUGUUACUGAGUGGUCAGGAGGGCUGUAUGUGUCUCCAACAAUUGCGGGGAGCAGGCCUGGGAGUUUGAUUGCUGGGGCUUGGGCAGCAAUGCUGUCUUUGGGGGAAGAAGGGUACUUGGAGAACACAAAAAAGAUCAUGGAAGUAUCAAAGCGAAUACAGAAAGGGAUAGAGGAAAUUCCCGAGUUGUUUAUUAUUGGAAGGCCAGACAUGACAAUUGUUGCAUUCGGAUCUAAUGUUGUAGAUAUAUUUGAAGUCAAUGAUGUCAUGUCAUCCAAAGGCUGGCAUUUGAAUGCACUACAAAGGCCCAACGGCAUUCAUAUCUGCGUGACUCUUCAGCAUGUACCAAUAGUUGAGGAGUUCCUCGGGGAUUUGAUGCAAUCUGUGAAGACUGUAAAAGAAAAUCCAGGUCCAAUAAAUGGAGGGCUAGCUCCCAUAUAUGGUGCUGCGGGCAGAAUGCCAGAUAGAGUCAUGGUCCAGGAAUUGUUGGUUAAUUACAUGGACACUACAUGCUAGUGGCAUUCCCUACACCUUGGUUUCCCCAAGAAUUCUUUGGCCAAACUACCACAAAAAUAAUGAUAUUUAAACUUUCACUA